CUUUAUCCGACAUUUUAGAUAUUGUUUCAUGUGACUAUUUAUCUUAACAUAAACAAUCAUAAACACGUGCUCAAAAUAGGAAGUGUUAAGAAUGUCAGAUAAAUCUCCUAUUUUGCCAAAAUCUCCUGAUAGUGCCGGGAAUCCUCAAGAAAAUGCUCUGUAUUAUGGCAAUAACCUGUCACCAAAUUCGCGACGGCUGCAAAUAUUAUUUGUCUCAUUGGUAGUCAUAAUGGUUGGGAUAAAUAUAGGACUGAGUAUGGACCAGGGAAUCAAACAUGGUGCUAACUAUUUCAUGCUGGGUAUAAGUCUUAUUGGAUUUGUUGUGAUUGAAAUAAUUCUGAUAUUGUUUAUUCGAAAAGGAGAGUUGCCCCCGGAGAAAACCUGGUUUCUAUACUUUGUAGGAGGAUGUGUAAUUCUGGAAUCUAUUUUUACUGAUGUCUUGUUAUAUCAGUAAAACGAAUUUCAGAAACCUUAAGCUAUGCAGUGUGAUUAAAA